AUGGCGGCAAUCUCAACCAAGGAGCUGAUGGAGGUGACGCUAGGCAAGAAGCUCGGCGCUGGCAGCUUCGGCUCUGUUUUUGUGGGUGUGCUUCCCAGCGGCAACUUCGUUGCGGUGAAGAUACUGGAGCUCUCAGAUGACGCGCCGUCCAACACCGAGGUGGAGAUUCACCGGAAGAUGGUACACCCCAACAUUAUUCGCUAUCUGUACAGCCGCAUUGAUUUGGAAAGCACACCCAAGAAACUCUACGUCUACCUGGAGUUUGUGACUGGUGGCUCGGUGACGUCGCUGAUGAAGAGCUUACCGAACGGCUGCCUGCCCUAUGCAGUAGUGCGCGUGUACGCACGGCACAUGUUUCAAGGAUUGGAGUAUCUUCAUAGCAACCAGGUUGCCCACCGUGACAUCAAGGGCGACAAUGUGCUUAUUUCCAUGGACACAGGCACGGCAAAGCUAGCCGACUUUGAUCAGGCCAAAAUCAUGAACACGCACGGCACCUUGCGCAAAGCAGCGACGGCGACGUUGGCGGGCACGCCAUACUGGAUGGCGCCUGAGGUGAUCACAGACGAGGACGGCUACGAUCCAUUCAAGGCCGAUAUCUGGUCAGCGGGCUGCACCGUGGCGGAGAUGAUCACAGGGCGUGCUCCGUGGACCCCGAUGCCGAAUGUGAUGCACAUCAUGAACAAGCUGGCGCUCUCGACCGGCUGGCCUGAUGCGGUGCCGAAGGACGCCAAAGAACUCGGUUCGCAAGACGCGUACGACUUCUUAGACUUGUGCUUCCAGCGAGAUGUGUCGAAGCGGCCGCCUGCCGCAACCCUCCUCAAGCACGUGUUUCUGCGAGUCUGA